AUGGCGGACAACGACAGCCCCGUUACCCUGCGAACUCGCAAGUUCAUCCGUAACCCUCUUCUGGGUCGCAAGCAGAUGGUCGUUGACAUCCUUCACCCCAGCCGCCCCAACAUCUCCAAGGAGGAGCUCCGCGAGAAGCUGGGCGGCAUGUACAAGGCGCAGAAGGACCAGGUGCAGGUUUUCGGCCUGCGAACCCAGUUCGGCGGCGGCAAGACCACCGGCUUCGCCCUCAUCUACGACUCGCCCGAGGCUAUGAAGAAGUUCGAGCCCACCUACCGCCUUGUCCGUGUCGGCAUGGCCACCAAGCCCGAGCGCGCCAGCAGACAGCAGCGCAAGCAGCGCAAGAACCGACAGAAGACGCUCCGCGGCACAGCAAAGGUCAAGGGCGCCAAGGCAAAGAAGGACAAAUAA